AUGCUUGCAACACUCAAAUAUCGUAUCAUCGACACUGGUCUCCCAAAGAAAUCCCCAGAGCUCAUGAAGCAAUACCUCGGCCCUCUGCUUGAGUCUGUACCUAAGAAUGUUCAACUCCAAGCAAGUAAUAUACCAUUGAUUAAAGGCGAGCCACUCAUUGGAUUUUGCGCUGGUGGCGGUACAGAGCGUAUGUUCCUCCAAAUGGCAGAGCAAUAUCCUGAGAAUCCAGCUGUAAUUCUUGUUCAUAAGAAGUCAAAUUCAUUUGCUGCUGGUUGCGAGAUUUCAGCACGCCUCAAUGCUGACUUCAAAGCUGGAAAGCGUGCCCCAAGCAUUUUCUGCUGCGUAGACGAUAAGGAAAGACUCGUUCCGAUCCUCACAGCCGCAAGUACUGCAUCUGUCUUUGCACAGAAGAAACCAAAGAUUGGACUCAUUGGAAAUCCAUCUGAUUGGCUCAUUGGAUCUGGAUAUUACGCAGAAGGUCUCCCACCAAAAUUCCAUAUGCAUACAGAACGCAUUGAUAUAUCCGAAUUCCUUACAGGAGCUAAGAAAGAAAAUGUUUACAAUUCAAUUAACGAGAUUAUCAAGAAACAUAAACUCGACGCUUUUACAAUCCGUUGCUUCGACCUUGUUACUUCUCUCAAGUGCACAUCUUGCUUAGAAGUAUCAAGAUUUAAUGAUGAAGGAAUGACUGCUGCAUGCGAAGGUGAUAUUCCAGCAACAGUUACAAUGAUGAUCAUGAAUCAAAUGACAGGAUCCCCAAUUUUCAUGGCAAAUCCAACAGGAAUCGAUGGAACAACAGCUAGAUUCGCUCACUGCACAAUUCCAAGAAAACUUACGACAUCAUCCAAAGUUACAACCCAUUUCGAGAGCGGAAUUGGUACUUCUGUUGCCGGAAAGGUUAUUGAAGGAACAUGGACCGCUGCAAGAUUUGGUGUCAAUGGGGAUGUCAUGACUACCUCUUGCGAAGUUACAAAUCCAGAGAAACCAUCACCAGAUCAAUGCAGAACACAGAUUAUUGCUAAGGUCUCCAAGGAAUUUGCUGAAAGACUUCGCACUGGCGAUGUUCUUGGAAAUCAUUUCUUAUUUGUUCCAGGAAAUAUCGCUGAGGCCCUGAAAAUCUACUCUCAGUACUUCAGGAAUUGGUCUAAGUAA